GCGGAGGUGCUCGCGCAAGGAGAGCGGGCGCCGGGAACUUGACAUGGCGGCAGCGGCGGCGACUGCUGCGACGAAGGGGAAUGGGGGCGGGGGCGGCGGCGGGCGGGCCGGGGCCGGCGAAGCCAGCGGCACGCGGAAGAAGAAGGGCCCGGGGCCUCUGGCCACAGCGUACCUGGUCAUCCUGCUGUACCCGAGCCUGGCCGGGGAGGGAGGUCUGCGGCCAGCGGCGAGCAGGGCAGCCACGGCGGGCGGUGUGCGGAACCGGCACCGGGGCGCUGAGAGCGGCCAAGAGCUGAGUCGGCACCGGUGCCUACCCUCGAGCGCCCGCCUGCGCCGGGGGCCGAGCCAAGUUGACAGGCACCGGGGCGCGGGAGAUGCGGGCUCCAGUGGGGCGCGGGGAAGGCUGCCCAGGCGUGGCUCCGGAGGGCCUUGGAGGACGGGUGGGCUGGCCACAGGUGCAGGUAUGGGGGGCGGUGUGCCGGACCGCCCUGCCGCGCAGAGGACAGCCCAGGCGGCAAGUCACGAACGGUGGCUGGUUAUAGCAGUUGGUCUGGUCAGAGCAUACCUGGCUACGGGUAGUUACCAUAGCCUUUAUUAUUCAAUUGAAAAGCCUUUGAAAUUCUUCCAGACUGGAGCCUUAUUGGAGAUUUUACAUUGUGCUAUAGGAAUUGUUCCAUCCUCUGUUGUCCUGACUUCUUUCCAGGUGAUGUCAAGAGUUUUUCUAAUAUGGGCAGUAACACAUAGUGUCAAAGAGGUACAGAGUGAAGACAGUGUCCUCCUGUUUGUUAUUGCCUGGACCAUCACGGAGAUUAUCCGUUACUCCUUUUAUACAUUCAGUCUAUUAAACCAUCUGCCUUACCUCAUCAAAUGGGCCAGGUAUACACUUUUCAUUGUGCUGUACCCGAUGGGAGUGUCUGGAGAACUGCUCACAAUAUAUGCAGCUCUGCCCUUUGUCAGACAGGCCAGCCUGUACUCCAUCAGUUUGCCUAACAAAUACAAUUUCUCCUUUGACUACUAUGCAUUCCUAAUUCUGAUAAUGAUCUCCUACAUUCCAAUUUUUCCCCAGUUAUACUUCCAUAUGAUACACCAGAGAAGAAAGAUCCUCUCUUAUACUGAAGAACACAAGAAAUUUGAAUAGUUCCUGCUUUCUGCACCUGCCCCCCAAACAAACUUUUCAAUGAUCAAAAAAUGCUGCAGACUUUUUGAGUUCCCAAUACGUUUCGUAGAAAAUAAGUAAGAACUAUUUUUAAAAUAUUUAAAAAAACAAAAACCAGAAAUCCAAUGUCACAUGGGCCUGGGAUUUUAUUUUAAAAGGCUGUCACAUAAAACAUUCUGGCUGGUCCAUUGCAGCAUGCUCUUUCAACCAGAACUUACUAAUAUUUAUUGACGGUGUUAGAAAGGGAUUUGGCAUUUUAUAUUCCUUCUGUCCUUCAUGUAUCUGAUAAAGAUCUGUAACACUAAAUACCUGAGAGUUACAGUCUGAGUAAUGAAGUUGUACCAACUGAAUGCCCAGCUUGCGAUAGAGUUAUGUUGCAGUCUGCAGUGUGUUUAGCAUUCCCUUUUCAAAGUGCUUGACUGCAUGCUGGAAACUAUUUGUAUUUUUGAAGUGGCAAACUUUGUUCUCUGGAAUGCUCUGAAGUUGUGGCUGGGACCUAUCCCCUCAUAUCUAGUGAAUGAAGUAUAAAUGUAUAUGCCUGUGAAGCUUUGGGGUAGUGCCGUAAUCAGAAAACAACUAGAACCCUGUUGUUGUUUUUUUUUUUUCAAUUGAGUCAUUGCUGCCUGCCACUAAGAAACAUGCUUGAAUUUAAUGAGUAUGUGUAUAUUGUAAGGAACCUACCUUAUCUGGAGCUCAACCUCAAUCAUUUGUUAACAAAAUAACAGUUCUCAGAGAGGGAAAGCUCAGCAGCUAGUGACAAGUACUUUUCAUAGUACUGUUCUCAGAACACCUCUGGGUGAUGGAUUUGCCAAUAGCUAUUCUCAUUUAUGGACCUGAAGCCAAUCCAGUCACAUAGGAGCAGGGAAUGUUAUUGAAAGCACAUGGAAGGUGUUGCUUUAGAAAUAUCCAGAAAAACAUUCAGGAAGAGGUUUUAACACCAUUAUUAUUUUACUUUUUAAUUUUCAUAUACUCUUCUGUUAUGACACUUUUCCUAACAGUGGUCCUAUGUUAAUUCCUACCAAGCUGUAAGUCCAAACGCAGUAAAAUGUUCCAGUUGGGCAGUCAUGAGCUAAAAGCAAUAUCAUCUCCACGUGUUGUAGGAGCCAAGAGAUAGUUUGGCCCUAUGUACAUUGUCUAAUUAACAUAAUAUCUUCAUACCAUUUAAUUGCUCAACUGUGCAUUUAAAACCCUUUAAGAAAGGGUUGGAUGAAAAUGUAUAGCACAAGUUUAGAUGUGCAUCAGAUUUUAAACACAGUAUCUUCUUUAUGGAACCUUUCACCCCGCACCCCCCUUUUUUUUGGUUGAACCUUAAGACUUUAAAAUUCUAGCUUACUGAGUAGUUGUAAUUGAAAAUAUAAUUGCUAAUAUUAGAAGAAUGUCAUAAUGGAAAAUCAAAUUUCUAAAUGCUUAUUUUCAUAGACAUUUGAAAAUUUAAUGCAGGCAGGUGUAUAAUAAAUUAUUUUUGAAUUGAACAUUAAAAUUCUGCUUCUUAAAGUCAACACUUUUAACUUGGGUGUGUUGAGGUUAGAAUCUAUUCUUAUAUUUGAUGGACAAAAUAUAUGGGAAAGAUUAUUCUUCGAGAUUUUUCUCUCAUUUUGGCCUUCCAAAAUGUAUUUCCACUGUAAAAUAGAAUUAACUUUGGUUUUAUUAGCUUUAUUACUUUAUUCAGUUAAGAUUUUUUCAGUUGUUUUUGGAAUAGUUAUAUAAGGUGGCAUGAAAAAUGCAGGUUUUCCAGGAUUGCUGGGCUGGGAGUAUUAUUCAGACCUCUCUAUUAUAAUUUGUCACUAUUUAUGAAAAACAUUCCGUUACAAACAGUGGUAUUGCAUCAGAUUGAACUUUGGCAAUGAGAACACAGCAAACAACUCCCUUCUGAAAAAGAGUCUCAACCCCAGUGUGUAUUUUUGUACAUCAACAUUUAAAAUACUUAUGGCAGAUAAGUAAGGCAUGUCACUGUGUCCUUCAUUAACCUCUCUCAGUAACUGGUGUCUUUAUCCAUAACAUGAAUUAAUUUCUCCUUGGAAGUGGUGGCGUUCUUUUAUAAAUUGAGAAUAUCCAACCCCACCAACUCUCACAUCUUCUUAUAAAGUGUGAAUGAAGAACGUGGGUUUUUGGUGGUGGUGAUUUUUUCAGACUUAGCAGUUUCAUUUCAGGGCACAGUCAAAGGCAUCGUCUUCCCAGCUGCCCACUUGAUUGCGUGUUUCAGAUCCCCACUGGGGGCCUCUGACAGAGAAAAGUCUUUGAGGUACACAGUAGUGCUUUGAAGAUACAAGCUGCUAAUCUUCUUCUUGCUGUGUUCUGUUUGCUAAGGUUGGGAUCAUUCAUUUAAAAUGUACCAAACAUUAUCAAAGGCACCGUGGAGAGUUAGUCAUGGAGUAAAGCACUGUCCUCCCAGACAAAAAAGGUCCUCUAAAGCAAACUUCUGCCAUGAAAGGUUUAGAAGAUAUAGAGGUAAAGAGGCAUAUGAAGAGAUCGUGCCCUCAUUUUUCACUUGUUUUUUUGGUUAUUCAUUUAUAAUAGAAGGUUGGCAGUGAUGUGGUCUAGCCUGCACAUUAUUUUCAAUUCUGAGUUUCAGAUAAAACAUUACAAAACAUCAAAUUCAAAACAUACUGCUCCUUUGAAAUUUGGGUAAAAAAUUAUACAACCGUAUAUAUAGUCACUUUUGUAUUUUUUCUAUGUUGUGAAAACCAAAAUUGUAAUUUUAUAAGUCUUUGAUUCACUGAAAUUAUAUAAUUUAAAUGUAUUUUUUGUAUAUUUAGAAAUAAGGAGUUCGAAUACUAUGCUUAACUUUCUAUGCAUGCAUUUGAAAGCUGUUUUUACCUGAUUGAUAAAGUUAACAUAGUAAUAAGUUGUAUUCAUAAAAUACUGAUCUGUGUUGCAUUUCGAAAUAAACUGUGUGUGCUCUGCGUGGAUUUGAAAAACUGA